AGCUAGCAGACGUGUCUAGGGUAGAUGGUCAGACACGCUUCAAUCGAUCGGUGAGAGGGUCUAACGGAUGUAACGGUCAGCUACCAAUAUUAGCAGAAGCUUGAUUUCAUCUGGUUCUGGGAGGAUUAUUAGUCUGGAACAAAGUUCAAGGUCACGAUGAACAUCUAUGGCUGUCUACCGGCCUCUUACUUUCCAUCGCAUUCGGCCUUGACCUAUUGGGCUCAGGCCGCCUCACUCGCAGGCCUGCCGACCGCCGAGUCGACCUUGACCCCGGCUGGUUUGGCCUUGACCUUAAAGAAGUCUCAGCUCCAGUUUAACCUCAAUGACGUAUUACAGAAGUCACGCGGAGCCGCGUCACUGCGCGCCGGCGAUGACGUCACGCAAACGUUUCGGGUGACGACGAGUGACGUCAGCGUCAACCAUCACGGCCACCUCCAGCUCCACACACGUCUCCCCAUCCACCACCACACACACACACACAUACAGCACCGCCCCUUUCCCGACACGCCACCCCCGGUGGGGAGCGGACUGGCGCCCCUACAAGCCCUCUGUGAUUCGGAUGUAACGACCUUCACCUCCAAGACGUCAUCAGGGGCCGGCAAAGACGGCCUCAAGUUCGGGAUUAACCGGAUACUCUCGGAUGAUUUCGGAAAGGUCAAGUGUGAAAAAGAGAACAGUUUCCAGCUGAGCAACGUGCCCGAGUCUUGCCGCUCCCUCACGCUGUGCCCCUGUAGCUCCGCCAGCUGUACCGCCUACUCCCGCGCCCCCUCGCCCUACACCCGGGGCUCGCUGGCCUCCCUGUCCGCUGUCCACGCCAUCCAGCCGCCCAACUACCCCCUCAGCACCUCGUCCGACGCCCUGCCAGGCCCCUACUCCAUCCUGAGCACCGACGGGUCGCCUAGCAACCAGCCCAAGCGGAAGAGGUCCUGGUCACGUGCCGUCUUCUCCAACCUCCAGAGGAAGGGACUGGAGAAAAGGUUCGAGGUGCAGAAGUACGUCACCAAGCCGGACCGACGGCAGCUGGCGGCCAUGUUGGGCCUGACCGACGCACAGGUGAAGGUGUGGUUCCAGAACCGCCGCAUGAAGUGGCGACACGCCCAGCAGCAGGGGGAGAAAGACAAACAGCUGCAACAGCCGCUGGUGGAGGAACAGCCCGACACGCCGGCACGACGCGAGACCAAAAUAGAAACGGGGAAAUCCCCAAUCGGCGACACGUCAUCACAAAUAGCAGAGAGGGGAGGGGAGCGAACCCACGACCCACAUGACGUCAUCAGCAGCAGGAGUUACCUGCCCGACAUGGCGGACAGCCCCACCCCUCCCGCCCACACCAACUUGCUGUUGAAGUCUGAGCACGGCGGCCAUCUUGAGCCCUACAGCGUCGGUAACAACCUGACGUCACAUGACGGCCGGACCCACACGUUCAGCGAUACGCCAAACUACGACAGCGAUUUCGUGAUGACGUCACUGUGUCGUGCCCGACGGGGUUCGGGUGACGUCAGCGUGGGCAGUGAUGACGACAGUGGGGACAGUCUGCAGAUUGCCACUAGACACGAGAUCUCGGGCCACCAGAUCUCGGGCCACGAGAUUUCAGGACGAGACUCGGCGAGUUUUGACGAGGACGCGAGCAUGAGGGAGAUUGACGUGGACAACUAGCUGUCAAGUGGUGUCAACA